AUGAGCUACGAUGACACUCAGAAACAGAGUAAUACUCGAGAAAAACCUUUGCUUAUGUGUAUUAAAGGUGAAUGGUAUGAUAUAGCAUUGUUUGCCAAAAAGCAUCCGGGUGGAGUGAAGGUAUUAAGAGAAUUGGCUGGCGAAGAAGUAGACGAUUAUAUGGAUGGGACAAAAAGAAUUCGAAUAAGUGAAAGAGAAGUUAGGCAUCCACAUUCUGAAGCCGCUUAUAAGAUGCUAGAGCCAUACGCACUGAAGAAAUGCCCGACGAAUUCUGAUGAAUUACUGCAUGGUCCAAUACUUGAGAAAGUUGGCUCGUUAGGUGAACAUUAUUGGACUUGGAUUCAUCAGCCAUUCGAUGAUGUUCUACGACUGUUUAAGUCGGACUUCUUGGAGAGUUUGACACGUACCAAAUGGUGGGUAAUUCCAUUGGUAUGGAUGCCUAUUGUACUCUUUUAUACUUAUGAAGCAUUUGGCCUAGUCUUUGCCCAAUAUGGCAAAUUUUAUGGAUUGAUGGUAUGGGCUUCACUGUUCUCGCUAGGACUACUGGCAUGGACUCUUCUGGAGUAUAUAUUACAUAGGUUUGCGUUCCACUGGCAGCCAAACCCAAAAUCAAGUAGACAAAUUGUUUUCCAUUUUUUACUGCACGGGUUACAUCAUAAGACUCCGAUGGAUGGUGAUCGGUUAGUUUUUCCGCCCGUGCCUGCAAUACCGAUUGUAGCGUUUUUCUAUUGCUUGUACCUUUCCACUCUUCCAUACACAGUGUUCUGCUGUUUUGCCGCUGGAAAAUUAUGUGGCUAUAUUAUAUACGAUUUGUCUCACUAUUAUCUUCAUCACGGUCAUCCGGGACCAUCGGUGCCAUUUGGGUUUCAUUACAGAAAAUCUUAUCAUGAUAAUCACCAUUACAAAGAUUAUGAUGUUGGAUUUGGUAUAUCAACUGUUCUUUGGGACGCUGUUUUUGAUACUUACGGUACCGGACCUGCAGAAUGA